AUGGUGUGGCGAGUUCUGAAUCCUAAUGUUUUGGUUAUUAGGCCUUGCUGCCGGAGACAAGAAAAUUGUUUGAUUACCAAGAAAAGAAAGAAUAACAGUUGUGCCAAAAAAGGCCGAGGCCAUGUGCAGCCUAUUUGCUGCACCAACUGCGCCCAGUGCAUUUCCAAGGACAAGGCCAUUGAGAAGUUUGUCUUUGGAAACAUCUCCAAAGCAAGUGUCUUCGACGCCUGUGCGCUUCCCAAACCCUAUGUGAAGCUGCAUGACUGUGUGAGCUAUGCCAUUCACAGCAAGGGAGUCGGAAAUCAUUCUUGUGAAGCCCGGAAGGACCGAACACCCCCACCCCGCUUUAGGCCUGGGGGUGCUGCCCCACGACCUCCACCAAAGCCCAUGGAAUGAGCUAAGUCUUUAAAGAGUGAAGAAAAGUUCUCUGGGGGAAAAAUAAAUGAAAAUUGUAAUUAAAAAAAAAAAGA